GUUUCAUUACCGCGCUCUGCUGGAGUCAUAGCAUUUUCAGCAAGGAUAUGGAGUACACCCCUUACACAGCAAGUUCCUCUGUAUCCCACAUCUCGCUGCUCGAGGAAGUUCUUGGCUGGAGGUUUUGUCUUUACGGAGACUUCCUUGUCAUCUCUUUUGUCAACUGCACCUGAGGAUCACACUGCUUUUAGCGACUGCUUUGCCUGGUCCCAUGCUGUCAGACAUUAGGGUCGCCAAGUGAUUACAGUGCAGCUGUAGCACACUUAUUUGAGCAUGGUGGAUCUGUUUCUCAGGCAACAUUUCGGUAAUAUUUGUCUUGGCACUGAUCAGCCAGCAAAAGUUACCGUCAAGACAUCUUUGGACACUUGGAUCUAACACUUAGAGCUUUCUCGUCACAUAUAAGCUCUAGGUUCUGGUUUUCUUUGUUUCUGCUAGCUUUCUUCUACCCUAUCACCGUAAGUUUUCAGUUUGAUCAGUCCAAAGUUUGGUGUGUAUUGGUUACGUUUCAUCAGGCUUGCUUGGGAUGGCAUAACAUUAGAGCAGAGUUGUUCAAGAUUUUGUUGUCGCAAAGCAUGGGUAUUGCCUACAGAGAUUUGAGAAGAGUCUCCAGUGACUUUGAUGUUCUAACAUCCAAAGACACUGCUGUCAUACAUAUAUGAGUCUUGUUUGUGACUAUACAACUGUUCUAAAAUAAGGGCAGUUUUGUGCACCACCAGCUAAAAAAAUGGAGAGGUAUACGAUUAUCAAGGAAGUUGGUGAUGGAACAUUUGGGAGUGUUUGGCGCGCAAUCAAUAAAGAAAGUGGUGAAGUGGUUGCGAUCAAGAAAAUGAAGAAAAAAUAUUAUUCUUGGGAAGAGUGCAUAAACCUCCGUGAAGUGAAGUCCCUGCGGAGGAUGAACCAUCCAAACAUUGUGAAGCUCAAGGAAGUCAUACGAGAGAACGAUAUGCUGUUCUUUGUUUUUGAGUACAUGGAAUGCAAUCUCUAUCAGCUGAUGAAGAACAGAGGGAAGGCCUUCUCGGAGACUGAAGUCCGAAAUUGGUGCUUUCAAAUAUUUCAAGCUCUGAGUCACAUGCACCAACGUGGAUAUUUUCACCGUGACCUUAAGCCUGAAAAUUUGCUGGUUACAAAGGACCUCAUCAAGAUAGCAGAUUUUGGGCUUGCUCGUGAGAUUUCUUCUGAACCUCCGUAUACAGAAUACGUGUCGACUCGUUGGUAUCGUGCCCCUGAGGUUCUUCUUCAAGCUACUGUUUAUAAUGCAGCAGUUGACAUGUGGGCAAUGGGUGCCAUAAUUGCAGAGCUUUUUUCGUUACGACCUCUUUUUCCUGGCUCAAGUGAAGCAGAUGAACUUUACAAAAUCUGUGGCAUUCUUGGCACUCCAAAUCAGCGUACUUGGCCAGAAGGUCUGCAGCUUGCAGCAUCUAUCGGUUUUCAGUUUCCUCAGUGUGAAAGCGUUCAUCUUUCAGAAGUGAUUCCCUCAGCAAGUGAAGAUGCAAUCAACCUUAUCUCGUGGCUUUGCUCAUGGGAUCCUCGUAGAAGGCCAACAGCAGUGGAGGUUUUGCAGCAUCCCUUCUUCCAGCCAUGCUUCUAUGUCCCUCCUUCACUUCGCUUCAAAUCAACUGGAUAUGCAUCAACACCACCAUCAGUUGGGGCUAAAGGAGCUGUGGAUCAGAAGAAUGGUAGGAGAUACUCCAUGGGUACUGUACCCAAUGGGAGGCCAACAGUUAAUUACUCAUACCUGAGCAAUAACGCUCCAGUAAGAGCAGCUGGUGUGCAAAGGAAAUUGGAGUUGGAUCAUCAGCCGCAGGAGGCUAACCAUAAAGUGACAAAGGCGAACGCGAUGAAUCAGUCUUGGUCCAGAUCAGCAGCAGUAAGGAGCAACGGCAAUUACCUUGCGAAGGACCAGAGCUCCCGUGCAUCUGACCUCGCUGAGAAGCUAUCUCAGCUGUCAAUGGGCCCCAACAGGGUGUCUGGUCUGGGUCCCGAGAGGUUCACAGACCUGAAGCCUAGAACCCACGGCAGCGCCAUCAAGCGCCCCUUGCCCGUGGGAUCCAGGGCGUGGCACGGCCCGGCAGACCCCUUCCGGCGCCCAUACGAGAUGCCAGGUGAUAGAACUCUCCUUCCGAGGAAGCUCGUGAGCUGAAGCUCCAAGAAGCAGAUCUUCGACGCCACCCAAGUGUCACAACUACACUUCACCACCAUUCCCCUCACAAUAAACCGCCAAGCUCCUUUGCAGCGACGGAUGUUGCCCAAUACUAGUGUCUAUUACCAUGCUUUUUCGCGAUUUGAAUAAGAGGCGUUCCGGCUCGUGCAUCAUCCCGUCAACCCUGGAGGCUCUCCGGGGCUGGGACAUGCGAGCACGGCAGGAAGCGUCUCCAUGGGACAUUGUGUUUAUGCUUUGUGUUCUUCGCUGUAACAUUGUGCCUGUGAGUGUGACGCUGGUUCAGUUAUUCUACAUUGUGACGUUGGUUUGCUUGUUCAGUGGGGUCUUGUAUGGAUUGUGACGGACAUGUGUUUGCUUUGUUCAGUUGUGGGCUGCAUGCAUUGCAUGGCCUGUUUCUUUUC